UCUGCGGGACCUUUAUUUUAACAUGUGUCGCGAGCUGAUGCUGUGGCUGCUCUCCUAGCGUGACGUCAUCACGCAACAUGUCGGCAGCUGAGCGAGCGCGCGAGAUCACAUCAGAUUGCUCUCCUCACUCCAGCCAUGAACAGUUGUUUACACCUAUAAAGGGAAAACUGAUGGAAGAUGAGGGACUGCCAGCCACCUCCAGCAAAACUUUAACAAGUGAGUCCACGUGUAAUGUGAUGUCUUUCAAAACAAAGCAUCAUUCUGAAGGCAGUGGUGUAAAAGCACCAAUCUCUACCAUCUCAUCUCCAUCUUCAGCGUCUGGCAGAGCUAAGAUGAGUGUCUGUGGACCCGGCAGUAAGACGGCUUCAUCUUCAUCCUCCUCAGUUCUGUCUGCAGCAACUACCCCUCCCAAAAUCCACCGCGCACGUAAGACCAUGAACAGACCACCGUUUCCACAGAUAAAGUCUAUAGGGUCGAUUUUAACAUCUACACCUGAGGAACCUCUCAACAGCAGUAAAACAGCCACUGACACAGUUGGAAAGAAGCGUAAAGUUGUGUUGGUCUCAGAUGACACAUCGCCCUCUUCAGGAACUCAAGAGAAAGUUCCCAGACCACAGCCAGAGCCUUUACUGACUGUGUCUCCACCCGUGGAGAAGUUGGAGCCAGUUGCGACUAAAGAGCGUGAUCGUGUUUGGCUGGAGGAUCUUGAUGAUGAGGCAGAUGAGGAAGAUUUCCACCUGCUGUACAACACUUAUUCAGGAGAUGAUCUGAUUUACUCGGACAGCAAGUCAGAUGAUGGCUUGACAGAAGAGCCACAGGAGGCGGGGCAUCUCUCUGAAAAAAGCUCUGGGUCCGACAGACCCCUCGCUGCUCUUAAGAAAACGGGAGGAGAGAGAGAUGAGUCGCCAUGGAAACGACAAGGAAAGGGUAAAGGAAGAGAUAAACCCCCUGUUGGACAGAUGGAGGCAGAUAAAGGUGUUGCGAGCGCAGCUUCGGUGAGUGGGACGGACUACACUGAAGUUCCUCUGGAUGCGCUGAAUAUUUCUGCAGCCGACAGGUUCUCUCCGAACGCAGAUGGCAGCGAUGCAGAAACCGAGCAUCUAGAAGAGCUUCCUUUGUGUAGCUGCCGGAUGGAGGCACCACGUGUGGAUGGAUUCAGUUCUCGCUCCAGUCGAACCUGUAUGGCCAUCGAGAGCGUCAAUGGAGAGUUGGUGGGGUGUACCAAUGCGAUCGUGAAGGGGGAGACGAUGCGUCCGUCCAGCCGCGUGUCUCUCAUGGUGUUGUGUGAGACACAUCGCUCACACAUGGUCAAACAUCACUGCUGUCCAGGCUGUGGAUACUUCUGCCUUUCUGGAACGUUUCUGGAAUGUUGUCCGGAUGUUCGUAUCGCUCAUCGCUUCCACCGCGGAUGUGUGUCUGUGCUGGGUGGUGGGCGGAGUCGAGGAGGAGUGGGCGUCGGCCUGCUGUUCUGUCCUCACUGCGGUGAAGAUGCAUCAGAGGCCCGCGAGGUCACCAUCCCCACAGCGCCACCUUCAGGCAGUAAUGUGGUGAUGGCGAGCGCAUCAUCCACCACGGCCACGCCCUCCCUGCUUCCUUCAGCUCUCGCUGUGACAUCACAGCUGCUAAACAACGACAAAAAAACAGGAGAGCCAGUCAACGCGAGGAUGCGUUGCCGUGGAGAUGUCAGAAAAGGGGCGGACCUACAACCUCCCAAUACCACACCAGGAGGAGGCGGGGCGGGGGAUCCGGUCGCUCUGGGUGAUGGUGGUGUGGACAGCGUAGGACCAUCACUUGUCCUACCCAACGGAAAGCCCAUCUGCCCCAGUGCACUUCCCCCCGGAGACAGAAGGGCUGCGUUACAGAGAGCAAUUCUCACGCAGGAUACUGAGAGGAGGAAGAAGUUGCGCUUUCAUCCCCGUCAGCUCUAUCCGGCAGCCAAACAGGGUGAAGCUCAGCGGGUUCUGCUCAUGCUCAUGGAGGGCAUCGACCCUUCGUAUCAGUCAGACUCUCAGAAUCGGCGUUGUGCUCUGCAUGCAGCUGCUCAGCGGGGUCUGCUGGAGAUUUGUUACCUGCUUGUACAGGCAGGCGCUAAGGUGGACGCCCCAGAUAAGACCCUGAGGACCCCUCUGUUAGAAGCAAUUGUGAACAAUCAUGUUGAGGUGGUGAAGUACUUGAUCCAGAACGGAGCCUGUGUUUACCACGCUGAGGAAGACGGUUCUACUGGGCUUCAUCAUGCUGCUAAAAUGGGAACAUUUGAGGUGGUCAAUCUGUUACUGAGCACUGGACAGGUGGACAUUAACGCACAGGACAGCGGCGGUUGGACGCCCGUCAUCUGGGCGGCUGAACACAGACACAUAGAUAUCAUUCGAGCUCUGUUGAACAGAGGAGCGGACGUCACGCUCAGAGAUAAAGAAAUGAACGUUUGCCUUCAUUGGGCGUCAUUUGCGGGGAGCGCUGAGAUAGCGGAGCUGGUUCUCAAUGCAGGCUGUCCUCUCUCAUAUGUAAAUAUGCAUGGAGACACGCCGCUACACAUCGCCGCACGAGAGGGAUACAUCGACUGUGUCACUUUGUUCCUUUCACGGGGCGCUGACAUCGACAUCAUGAAUAAGGAGGGAGACACGCCCCUUUCCCUCGCCCGCUGUGACACGCCAGUCUGGGUGGCGCUCCAGAUUAACAGGAAGUUGCGUAGAGGAGUAGCCAAUCGUGUCGUACGCACAGAGAGGAUCAUAUGCAGUGAUGUAGCACAAGGGUACGAGAACGUCCCGAUCCCGUGUGUAAAUGGCGUGGAUGAUGAGGGCUCCCCGUCCGACUACAAAUACAUUGCAGAAAACUGCGAAACAUCAACCAUGAACAUUGACCGCAACAUCACACACCUGCAGCACUGCAGCUGUACAGACGACUGCUCUUCCAGCAACUGUCUCUGUGGACAGCUAAGCAUCCGCUGCUGGUAUGAUAAGGACCACCGUCUCCUGCAGGAGUUUAAUAAAAUCGAGCCUCCUCUCAUCUUUGAAUGUAACAUGGCCUGUUCCUGCCACAGAACCUGUAAGAACAGAGUCGUACAAGCUGGAAUCAAAGUUCGUUUACAGCUGUACCGCACAGAGAAGAUGGGUUGGGGCGUAAGAGCCCUUCAGGAUAUUCCACAAGGAAGUUUCAUCUGCGAGUAUGUUGGUGAGCUAAUCUCUGAUGCUGAGGCUGAUGUUAGAGAGGACGAUUCGUACCUCUUUGACCUGGAUAACAAGGAUGGUGAAGUGUACUGUAUUGAUGCCCGUUAUUAUGGCAACAUCAGUCGAUUUAUAAACCAUCUGUGUGACCCAAACAUCAUUCCUGUACGCGUGUUCAUGUUGCAUCAGGAUCUGAGGUUUCCUCGCAUCGCAUUCUUCAGCUCCAGAGAUAUUUAUACUGGACAGGAACUGGGGUUUGAUUAUGGCGAUCGUUUCUGGGAUAUUAAGAGCAAGUACUUCACCUGUCAGUGCGGUUCAGAGAAAUGCAAACACUCAGCGGAGGCCAUCGCUCUGGAGCAGAGUCGACUCGCCCGUCUGGAGUCCUGUCCUGAUUCUGCUCCUGAAACUACACUUACUGUUUUAGGAAACUCAUGAAUCCCAUCACAUACAGUCUGAAAGUCUUUGUGUUUUUUAUGUUUGUAUGACAAAUGCACACAUGUAUGGUUCACACGCGGAGUAUUUCAGAGCAGAUUUAAUUUGGUAUGAAAGUAAACGCAGUGUUUUUAGCUUUGAAUGAUUUCCUUUCGCGAGGUGAAAGAGAAGAUAAUGAAUGAUUUUAUUGGCCUGUAUUUUAAAACACAAAUGCCGUUGUCAAAAUUUCACCAGGAAGUUGUAUUCAAAUUGAAAAUAAAGAAUGGGAUUAUUAUGAAACAUUUGAGAUCAAACCAUCGAAUAAUUAGAAAUACUGUCCGUUUCUUUCAUAUACCAUGAGAUUAUGUUGCUUUGCUUUUUUAUAAGUGUAUUUCUUAUAAUAAAUACUAUUUGAUACAGAA